AUGGAGCGAGAACAAAUGCCGGAGCGUGCUGAUGACAGCGGCGAUAGCGACCGACAGGAUGAAAGGCCACAAGUGGUGGUCCUAAAGGAGGGUGACCUAAGCGCAGAAGAGGUCAUGCAAAUAAAGAAAGAAAUUAACGUGGGGAAGAAAGAUGAACAACCUCAAGCUGAUGGGAAAAUCAUAUUUAAGAAACCCAUAAAAUGCUCCUUUGACAAGUUUGGAGGUAUUACUGCUAGCUCUGACAAGAGAAAGAAGAGUGAAAUUACAGAGAAGAAGAAAGCAGGGUCAGGGGUGAAAGUACAAAACAAAAGUUUAUUAUCCUUUGGUGGUGGCGAUGAUGACGAGGACGAAUGAUGCAUUCAGUCUUUCACAAAGCAGCUGUACCGGACCUGGGGCAAGUUUCUUAAAAGUAUAACUAACACCAUAUUACAGCAGAUAAAGUAUUAUUGAUAAAUGUUAUUUUGAUGUUGUUAAGCUUCCAAGAAACUCAAAACACAUUAUCAUCAUUAUAAAUUAUGAAGGCUUUUAGAGACUAGCCUUUUUUUCUACUCAGAUUUGUCUUUUACAAUUACAAAAGCGGAAUAUCAGGACAUAUUUCAACAACUUUUAAGUUUUUAAGUUUAUAGAUUUUUUUUUUGUACUUAGUACCUUUUGUCCAGCUUUAGUUAUUGGUACUUGGAAGCUUGUAGUAUCAGAAGCAUAGAUAAUGGAAAUGGGAAAUCCUACACAUAUGUGGACCUCACGAAGACUAGUGACCACUUUGUGGAAGCUAAUGGGGAUCCAAAUAACAACAGCAAUAUUCAUAAUCAGUUAGCCUACCAUUGUUUCUUUCAUCAGUGACACUUUACAUUAUUUUACUAUUUUCACGAUUAGGUGUCUAACAAACCAUUAGUAAUUUUAACAAUAUAAUUGAAAUCAUCAGCAUUUUGCAGUUUCAUGGAACAUAAUCUGUUUUUCCUUUUUGUCUCCAAGUGUUCUCCAUAACCUCUUCACUAUUAAUUUUUGAUGCCAGGAAGUGCAUAAGGGUUUACAAGUUAAUUACAAAGUUAAUUAGUUAACAAUAUUCUUGGAUUAAUAUUCCUAAAUUAAUGGUAUGUUUAAUGUUAUCAAACUAAUGUUAGUUAAGAGAAUCUUAACGUGAGGUGUUACCCUUUUCUCUGUACAUACCACAAUAUAAAACAAAACAUUCAGCAAAUGCUUGGUUUCAUAAAAUAAAAAACCCACCAAAAUAA